AUGGGUGGAUAUUACCCUCUUCUCAUAAUCGAAUGGAAUGAAGCAGAAUUAGCUCAACAAAAUGUUCAAAAAAAUACAGUACUGACUUAUAUUCGCACAUUUCCUGGAUGCAAUGAUUUUCCAGGUGGUGGUCAACCUCAAUCAAGCUCCCUUUUUUAUAUUGUUGGUACACGAGGUGUUUUGGGUGUUCCGGCUCAACAAACAAUGUUUAAUAUUAUACAUGGGCUUCAAAGAAUAUAUGCACUAAGAGAUGUACCUUCUUUAGGAAGG